AUGGCAAGAAGAAAUGUCCUUAUUACGGGUUGCUCCUCAGGAAUUGGACUGGCGUUAGCUGUAAAAAUGGCAAAAGAUGAACAGAAGAGAUUUAAAGUGUAUGCCACAAUGCGGAAUCUGGCCAAGAAAGAGCCACUUGAGGAAGCUGCAGGUCAAAGGCUGGGCAAAACCCUUGAAAUUAAACAACUGGAUGUCUGUGAUGAACAGUCUAUUAAAGCUUGUGUGAAUAGUAUCCCUGACAGAAGGAUUGAUGUCCUAGUUAGCAAUGCAGGAAUGGGGCUCAUUGGACCUAUUGAAUGUCAGACCAUAGAUGAGAUGAAAACUGUGAUGGAUACAAACUUCUUUGGACUGGUUCGACUCCUGAAGGAGAUUUUGCCUGAUAUGAAGAGGAGAAAGAGCGGACAUAUAGUCAUAAUAAGCAGCGUUAUGGGAAUACAAGGUAUCUUAUUUAAUGAUGUUUAUGCUGCAUCUAAGUUUGCUGUGGAAGGAUUCUGUGAAAGUUUAGCUAUACAAGCGCUCAAGUUCAAACUGCAGUUAAGUUUAAUUGAACCAGGCCCCGUAGUUACAGAGUUUGAAAGAAAAGUGUUUGAAGAUGGAAUGAAAAUGGAUCUUUCAGCUGCAGAUCAAGAAACAGCCGAUAUGUUUACUAAUAUUUACCUUAAAAAUUACAAACAAAUUUUUCAGAGCCUGGGACAAAGUGCUGAAGAGGUCGCAGAGCAUACAGUAAAGGUAAUUCUUGCAGAAAAUCCACCUUUUCGCCAUCAGACCAACACCUUGUACACUCCAAUGACAACUCUGAAAUAUGCAGAUCCAAAUGGAGAUCUACCCAUUGAUACAUUCUACAAAAUGGUUUUUCAUCAUGACAAGAUCUUCAGUGCAAGUCUUAACUUUAUCAAAUUGCUCAGGUGGAGAAGUAGGAAGAGCUUUGACCUGGGAAAACCCUCAGAAUAA